AACCAAACGCACACCGGUUAUCAGUAACGUAUUGGACCAUACUCACACCAGACCCACGACUCACACCACAAAGCAAUCGAGUGCUUCCAAACCGGGCUGACCCGCGUCGGGACGUUCCGGUCCGUUUCACUCGCUGUUCCACCACGCGCUCGCCCCUGAUCCACCACCGCGGCCGCGAUGAGCACCGCCUCUGGCGACGGCGCGGACGCAGGCGGCGACGGGGCCGCCGCAUCGGCGCCCGCCGGGAGGCGGAUCCCGCCCGCCUCGUCCAUGCCGUGGGUCCGCAAUCUCCGCCGCUUCGUCGGCACGGGCGCCGGCCUCGGAUCGGAGGCCCUCAUGGAACUGGAGACUAAAAGGAUAUUGCUUGAGAUUUUCAAGGAGCGGCAGCGGAAGAGUGCCGAGGCUGGUUCCAUCCCAAGUUUUUACAAGAAGAAACCUGAAGAAGGAUCCAUUAGCUCUAGAGUUCAAAGGUUGGCCAAGUACAGGUUUCUAAAGAAACAAUCAGAGCUUCUGCUGAAUGCUGAUGAUCUUGAUGCCAUGUGGGUUUGUCUCAGAGAAAAUUGUGUUAUUGAUGAUGCUACUGGUGCUGAAAAGAUGAAUUAUGAAGAUUUCUGCCAUAUCGCCACAGUCUGCACGGAGCAGAUUGGUCAGAAAUGCAAACGAUUUUUCAGCCCUUCAAACUUCAUGAAGUUUGAGAAGGAUGAUUCUGGGAGGAUUGCUAUCCUACCAUUUUAUCUUUAUGUCAUGCGAACAGUUUCUCUUACUCAAGCAAGAAUUGAUAUGAGUGAGCUUGAUGAGGAUUCUGAUGGUUUCCUUCAGCCUCAUGAAAUGGAAGCAUAUAUUAGAGGACUCAUCCCCAAUUUGGCGCAAUUGCGCGAUAUGCCCACUGCAUUUGUUCAGAUGUACUGCCGCAUAGCUGCACGCAAGUUCUUUUUCUUCUGUGAUCCACACAGACGGGGGAAAGCAUGCAUAAAGAAAGUGUUGCUGAGCAAUUGUCUUCAGGAGCUAAUGGAACUACAUCAGGAGAGUGAGGAAGAGGUAACCGAUACCGAGCAGGCAGAAAACUGGUUUUCCUUAACUUCAGCUCAGCGCAUAUGUGACAUGUUUCUUGCACUAGAUAAGGAUACGAACGGUACACUGAGCAAACAAGAGCUCAAGGAAUAUGCAGAUGGCACGUUGACUGAGAUUUUCAUUGAAAGAGUUUUCGAUGAGCAUGUUCGCCGGAGCAAAGUUGGAGGUGGAAACAGUCGUGAGAUGGACUUUGAAAGCUUUCUUGAUUUUGUUUUGGCUCUAGAAAACAAAGAUACCCCUGAAGGCUUGACAUAUUUAUUUAGGUGCCUUGAUCUCAAUGGAAGGGGUUUCCUUACAACUGCAGAUAUUCAUACUCUAUUUAGAGACGUACACCAGAAAUGGAUUGAGGGAGGGAACUAUGAGCUUUGCAUAGAAGACGUGAGGGAUGAAAUCUGGGACAUGGUGAAACCCGCAGAUCCUCUCAGGAUCUCGCUAUCAGACCUUCUUUCUUGCAAGCAAGGUGGGACUGUCGCCAGCAUGCUUAUAGAUGUGCGUGGCUUCUGGGCCCACGACAACAGGGAGAACCUUCUCCAGGAAGAGGAAGAGCAAGUGGAAGAGGCAUGAGUUCUCCAGCUGCCAAGUAACCGUACCUGGUGCCUCAAAAUUGCAACAUCCUCGGAACUGCCUGUACCGCAGUAUCAGUCAUUGUAACCUAGAUAGUGUAUUAAAUCUGUCACCACCAGUUUCCUGAAGCUGAAGCUUGUUCUUAAGUGUGCCAUAGUGGUCUUCGAAACUUGUUGAGGCUAGCUAGCGCCGUUUGGCCAUAUUGACAUCUAUCCGUGAGGGCCUGAUUCCUCGGCAGCCUGUAUGUACAUCUAGAUUUGCACCAAGCGCGCAAUCCUCAAUCCUGACUACGGCAUCACGCCUGUAAGCAUAUACUCCGUAUGUAAUACAUUGUGUUUAGUUCGUACAUGGCUUGUGGGUCGUUACUUGAA